GGCAGACAAGACCUCUUCAUCUUGUCAGCCUGGCAAGAAUACUCUAUACCAAAUGCCACCAUUCACUCGUCUAUUCGGCAAACUCACACGUCCACCACGUGUCCAUUUCUUCGACAUCAAAUCUCUAGUCGGACCGUUCUCACCCAAUACCAUCCGGACCCGCCUGUCCCUGAACUACAAGCGCAUCGACUACACAGAGUCUGCCAUCUCCUAUGCCGACAUCAAGGCCCUCUAUGCAGACCUAGGUUUGCCCGCCACCCAGAACCGUGGCCAGACACAAUCUUCACCGAAGUACACACUUCCCGUGAUCCUCAUCGAGACCGUUCCUGAAAACCAUGAGUCCCUUCAAACCACAGGUAGUUUCCUGCUCAAUCUGGCCUUACAAGGAAAGCUCGACUAUGAAGCGUCAAGGGCUGUCUGUGGGACACUCCCCAUCGCGCGGGCGCUAGACACUUGUUUCCCCCCGCCCAAUUGGAAGGUCUUGUUCCCCUUCCAACAGAGUGACAAGCAAACUGAAGAGGUGCAGCGGUGCAUCACUCGUGCCGUGGGGGUUGCGAGGAGGCUGAUUUUGCCUCGAGUUCCCAAAGUUUUGGACGAACGCGGGAGGAAAUACUUUGUCGACACAAGGACCACGUGGUUCGGAGUCGAGGCCUUGGAUGAGCUUGGACCCAAGUCGGAAACAGAGGCGACACAAUUGUGGGUAGAAAUGACCCGGGAGUUGGAGUCGAUCACGAACAUGUUGUCUAAAGGUAAAGGAGGAGGUCCAUUCAUAAACGGUGAUGUGCCGAGUUAUCCAGAUUUCAUCGUCGUGGCAUUCCUCGCUUGGUUCCAACGUGUUGACGAGCAGGCUUCGGAGAGAUUACUUGAGUUUGGGAACGGAGAGUUGCAGAGACUUUGGCAUGCAUGUAAACCCUGGUUGAGUGGACAAGGUGAGGUGAUUGAAUGGGAUGUUGAGUCAUCAUGA